UUUGAUAAGAAGAGAGAUUUGGAGACAUUUCAAGAUGGCAAUCAAAUUGCAGGAGUGGAUGACACGGAACAAGGUUACUUAGAGGAAGCCUUUGAUCAGGACUAUGAACCUGAAGAUGAAGAUGAACGUGAUUUUAACCUACAUGGACAAUUCGAUGAUAUUGAUGACUCCAAAAGAAAUGAGCUCUUGGCAGAUGCAGACAAUGAUGUUGUAUAUAUAACUGAAUGA